ACAUAAAAGAAACUGAACAGUUCGAAUGGAUCGGCAACGACUGAAGAAGCCGCGGAACUUUUCUCUAAACGGAUAAAAUAUCUCCGGGAGCCAUAAGUGUCAGAGGAUCUGCAGGUUUUUAGAUUCGUUAACGAACGGGCCAUUAGCUUGACCAACUUUUAACGGUGGACGUUGAACAGUUGCGUUUUACGUCUCGCAAACCUUGAACUUGAAGAGUUUCCCGAUGCUGAAAAGAGUUCAGCAGGUCGCCCGGUCGAAUUUCUCUGCGGUCGCGCGUGUACGUUCGCGGACAGGUAAAGGAAGAAUGAGGAAUUGCUGACAAGGCCGAGAACCGGUGAAAUUACCUUGCCUCGGCCGAACGAGACUCGCUCAUGGCUCGAUACUCAUUACCGAUAUGCAUACGUACAUAUACAGGGUGAGUCUCGUGACAUGGCGACUUCGAACAAGUCGUAAACCAUUCGUAUAACACUCUUUGUACUCAGAAUUUGGCAUUUUAUCGAAAUUAAAAAGAAAUAAUGAAAAAAGCAAAAAACCUGUUUUUGUUUAAAAAAACAGAGAAGAAAAACCAGGUCACAUCACUGCAUGUUCCCCUAGAAAUGUGCAAUAUUUGUUUGACAAUUUUCAUCAUAACUUCCGAGUUAUUCAAAGUCGUCAUGUUACGAGGCUCACCCUGUAUAUACAGCAUUCAAGCUACCGAGCCGAUGAAAGCCCGACGCGCUGCUUUUCCUCUAUCAACAUACGCUCGUUAACCCUUUCCCCCGAUUUAUUUCCUCUACGACCGAGGUUUCUCCUCGAGUCCAGUGAUCCAAGAUUUUCUAAGGAGACCAGCUUUAUUCCGCAGAGAUUCGACAGCCGAAUUGGAAUUUGAACGUUGAAAUUUUUAGACAAGCCCGGCACGGACGCGCCCACGAUGGCGCACACGACCCUGCGUGAGGUCGUCGAGCGGGUCGUCGAGGAAGCCAAGAAGUUACCGAGCUUCGCUGGUUCCGGCGGGACUGGGAAAGUCCACGAACCGAGGAACAUCGCGGAGCACAACUACGAGGACAUACUCGCCACCGCGAUACUUAAUAAGGUCAUCGAGAAAUUCCAGAAGGAACAGGUGGACGGCAAUAGCAACGUGCUUCCCGGGAAACCAGCGUCCGCGACGAAAUACCCACUGAGCGAAAGUAAAGCGGGCCUGGUCGAAGGUGUGGAAGAAGGUUGCAGCAGCGUGGAACCAUUGUCCCAAGACGAUUGCAGCAGCGAGUGUAGCGCGAGAGAAGCUUAUUCGAAACGCGUUAAAAGCCAACCAGAGCCAUUAUCUCUUACGAUAGAAGAACGAAUAGAGGAAGUGACUACCUAUACUUCCGACGACGAUCCCAAAGCAACCGAUGUCUUGGGCAUUAGAAACGUGUACCGAGUGCCAUUUCCGGAGCUCGGAAUGGACAUUAUUGACCCUUCGCAAGAAUCUGAGGACAGCCAAGACGAACCCGACACGCCGACCACGCAUAUAGGUUUGGUUUCGCCGAUUGAGUCUUGGGAAGAGAACUGGCUGUUCCAGAGGAAAAGAGUUCCGACCCAGGCGGACCCGGUGAACAUGCUGGUGCCGAACCCCAGCGCCGAUUACAAGGCAUUAAUCGGUGACAAGGACGCCGAAGACACGUCCGAUUUAUCCGAAUGCUCGGCUCAAUCGGACGAGGAGAUCGAGAAGGAACUGAUGGAGGCGAUAAAUAACGUCGUGCCGCGUUCACCGAAAGAAACGGUGCUCCAAAACGGCCUGGGCCACCAUUCAACCGAUAUUUCAUCAAAGAAAAAUUGUAUGGGAACAUUUCCUGAAUGGGAAACAGAAAAACGGUGCGGUUCCAAGACAGGAGGCCAAAGUGAAACGAAAAGGAAAGAGGGAAAUGGAGAAACUCGUGUAGAAAGUGCGAAGGAAAAUGAAACGAUCGGAACCAAAGAAGUUGUGGAAAAGAAAUCUGACAGAGUCGAAGUUGAGGUCGGGAAACCAGUUCCAGAGCCAAUCGAUGUAAUCGGUAACGAUCCGAGUAACGGGGAAAUGGAGCGACGGACGAAAAACGAAAACGAUAAAUCCAAAGAAGAUGAAACGAGAAAUUUAAUCGAGGUCGGCUAUUCGGUUGAACUGGUUCCCGAAUCGAAAGAGAAGAACGAAGCUGGGAGUCUCGUUAACUUUGAACCGUCAGUCGAGGAAAAUGGUUCAGACGUGCCAAAGACGCCGACGUCCACCCCGACGGGGCCUGUGCCGACGAAAAUUACCCUGAACGAUACGAACGGCGAGGAAACUAUUGCAUCGAACGAGGGAGAUGUACUCAAUUCGCUGGAAUGCGCCAAGGAGAAGCUUAUGGCAGUGAAUGACUACACUGGAGAGGCAUUCGAAAACGAACAAUCGAGGUCUUCCCAGCAAAAACUCGACUUUCAUGCUGAAGACAUUCAGCAAGAAAGUGAAUACACCGAGCACUAUGAUACGGCGACUCAGAGGCAUUUGGAUAGUUUGACGAAAACUGAGACUUCCGAGUCACCGUCGAUGAUUAAUUCAACUGAAGAAAACGAGGACAGCAAGUGCCGUGAGGCUGUGGCGCUAGCCAAAGCUGAAUCGGCUUCCCAUCUGUUCCUGCAGAACAAGAGUACAGAGGAAGAGGUUCGGCUGGCCACUCCUCCGAAACCAGGUACGAUCGCCGAACGCGAGCACAGAAAGUGGGAAAAUGCACCGCCGAUUGAGAACAACCCGUACAGCCAGGAGAACAUCCAAAAGAGGCUGUGGGAGAGACAGUACUCAAGAAGAUCGUCAGACAUUCCUGGUAUUCACCCGGAAUUGCAGAAGAGCAACGGGGAUGAUUUGGACGCCAUGCUAGCAACCCCUGAACCGGAUAUUAAACGGUUCGGAAGAGACUAUUAUAUCAACGACUCGAGGACUUCUGGCAACGAGAAAGGGCGAAGGUCGGCCGCGUCGACCUCGAGCAGACCGAGCAGCUCGUUGUCCCAGCGAUCGAGCUCUACCGGGAUCGCGGAGGAUCAACAGGAAGAAACGCGGUACAAGGAGAAGGAGUCGCUGUUGAAUCAAAGCAACGACGUGAAGUCUAGGGUGGCCAAAUGGCAGAACAAUAACGUGGAGGGAAAGUAUCAAACGCCUGUCCGACAGGACGACGAGGGUGCGAACGAGACGGGCAAGGAGAAGUUCCCGAAGAAGAUCGAGUGUCAGAGAACGUGGGAGGAUCAACGCAUGGAGGAGAUCCUGGAGAACGAGAGGAAGAACAGCAAGAACGAGGUGAACGCGAAACUGAACAACCAGGAGAAUUACGAGAACGCCGUGAUCGAAACGAGAAAGUCCGACGAGAAUCCGCGGAAGAUCAAGAGGAUCGAUCUGAAAGCCUACGGGUUUGAAAAUGAGUUCACCAACGAGACUAUCAAGACCUCGGCGCCGAGAGUGGUGAACAAAUUAGACCUGAAGUCCUUCGGUUACGACGGUGGGAUUCGAAGGACACAGUCGAACGUCCAGUUGAACAGCAUCGGUAGGGAGGAAUUCAAACCCCGAUUAAUCAGACCUACGCAUAAAUCGAAUCUAACGAGGCGCAAUGAUUAUGAGAACGAUGAUCGCGACGCGACCGAAGGCAGCCGCGGUUCCGGGGACAACAAUUUAACGCAGAGCACCGAGGCUUUAAACAAAUUCGACGACGAACGCUGCUACAACGAUUUCGGUUUAAAGUCCGCGAAAUCGGUACCAAACAUCGCCAAGUUCUACUCGAACAUGAGCAGCCACGAGGACGAAGAAGUGGAGGGUUACAAUCAAACGUACGACGAGUUCCGCGUGAUAAAGAACGGAUCGGUCAAGAAUAUCGCAAGUAAUUAUAAUCUGGAGAAGUGUAAUAUAAAGAGCAGCGAUUCUUCCAUCGACGGGUCUGAAAUUGACACGGACAACUCGUCGGAGAAGGAACAGACGCAUUUGGUUAAUGGAAAGAAAAAGACUUUGAGCGACGAGGAACUAGAUAACAAAGUGUUACCGAUGCCGUCGGUCAGGAGACUUGCUGAAGCAUUCAGCAAACAGACUGAUCCCGUGCCAAUUUCCUUUCCAAAGGUAACGAAGCCGGGCAACGUGUACAAAGAGAGAUCGUCCACGCCGGAGAUUCAAAUAGUUGAAACGCCUAGGCAGAUGCACAGUCUGACCGCGAGGUCGCUUUCGAAACAAUUCCGCGAGGGUCUCAGGCAAAUUCCGAACAAGGUAGCCACACCACCGGCUAGUCACGUCGUUAUGGAGCAACCGAAUAUACCGGAGAACCAGAACGAGACGGUGCCAUCGACGAAAAGCGACAUCGUGUCCAACGAUACGAACGUCAUUCUACCAGGGAAACUGAAAUCGAACAUAAUAUUUUGGGAACAGAUGCAGAGGAAGACUUAGAGUAUGUCUACUUUCUCGUAAUUUGGGUCUAAUUCUUUUUUCAAUUAACAACCGAAGAUCAAACGACACGUAAUAAACCUGCAGGUGUAAAAUGUCUGCGUACAAGAAAUUCACCUAAAUUCUUUUAAUAUUAGCCACUUUCACUUUGGAUAAAAACUUCAUCGGUCAUUCCUGUUCGGAUGAAUAGACGUUUAAACGGUCAGCAACGAAAGAGUCAAUUGUAUGAAACAAUACAGGCUCGAGAGGAAAAAAUUUACAAAAGCAAUCGCAUUGCACGAUGGUAGACGUCGAUGCGAUUGCGUGUGCCAAAUGAUAUAUCAACCCGUGAUUAGCCAAAGAGAAUACUUCCGCGUGCUAGUUUCGAAUAAACGCGAGCUCAAUGUUGAAUACAGUAAAAUAUUCUGAGAACUUUUUACGAAACGACCGAGCAAAUUAUUUGUUAGUAUUCGAAACUGUAAAUAUAGUCCACCUUUGAAAUUUUGUUAUGUAUAUAACAGGAAGCACUAAUAUAUGUAGUAAAGAAAGGCCACAAGGUUUUAUAUAUAAAUCUUCCUAACAGCGUUCCCGAUAAACCGCACUGCUAUAUUAAUUAUUAUUUAUUGACGUCCGAAUAAAUAACAAUGUAUAUAUGAAUCACGAAUUCGGUGGACGAAAAUCCUUUAUAUAUUAUAUAGAAUAUCAAAAUUUGCAUGGACGUACCCCUGCGUUAUCUGUAUACUAAAUUGUGCUAUAUCGAUAUUAUAUAAAUAUAUUGUUUAUUAUAAA